UGUAAAUUCCAAUAGUUGUCAUAACUUGCAUAAAUGAGUUAGCUGUAGUCGGUUAUGAAUAAUUACAAAGUAACGGUUAAUUGCAUGGUGAAAUAAGCUAUUUACUUAUUGUUUUGAUUGAAUAUAACUUUGUUGAAGUUAUCUUAACUUGCUUAGAGCGACUAUUUGGAACUCAACCGAAGAACAAGCAGGGCUGGGUGUGAGCAUGCUCAGUAGAAGUCACCAACGGUUAGUCUCGUGCUCAAGACCACAGUGGUGCCUGUCGGACUGUGCUGACGCAUUUGCUGAAAAGUUAAUGAUUUCAUCGCUUGUCGAAUAAUAAGAAGUGCUUGUGACAACUGCCUUGAGGGCUCUUCACAGCUGCUUUGUCAGUGCGGGCUGGAGUACACUGGAGACAAAAGAGGACAGUUGUUGAAACACUAUCGCCUAAAACAUGGAGGCUUUACUCGGCAACAACCAAUACCAUGUCUUCAUCACGAUUGCUUAUGCACCUUCCCACUCGCGGAGACGGGAGAUUGUGGAGGCUGAACUUCCAGUGAAAACCCUGAAGGAGCGCUGGCCAGCCCUUUUUACAGAAAGACAAGUGUUUGCUGAGUUCAACAGGAUAGCUGCGACUAACUUGAAUAGUGACUUUUUUGGUGCUAUUGACCGCUACACACCACGCUUUCUUGCAAUUUUCAAGUCCAAGAAAGGAAGUGUUGGAGAGAAACUGGCUGAAAUUGUGCAACAAAUUGAUUCAAGGAAACCAGAUGUGACAGCAGUGCGUACCCUUGUUCUCCAAGGCAUCUCUGUUCUGCUUGGUGAUGACUCCAGUACAUUCUACAGCACCUGCUUUGAUUCUGACAGUAAUGAGGCCUGGGCUCAGGUAUCUGUAGGGUUGUUGACUGUCAUCAGUGAAGAUCGCCCCUCUCUCCAAAUCAUCUCCAUCUUGACCCGGUGUCUACUGCCAUCAUUCUGGAAGGAGGUAUUCAUCCCACCUGGGUAUGAUGCAUUGUCUGCUCUGAUAACAGCAUAUGCCUGCCUAAAAGCAGAUCAGAUUAUAGAGACACUGUUGGACCCCACAACCUCUUGA